AUGUUCAUAUUGCGCGUCGAAAGGAACUGGCGUCUUAUUGCGCGCCAGAUGCAGAGACUCCUCAAACAGAUGAAGGAUAUGGCCGAAAGGCAAAACGCAGACUUCCACAACAUCCUUGAAGGCUUGGGCAUCGACCUGGAUUUUAUCAUUGAUCUGAGUAUUCUUGCUCCAUUAUCUGAUACCGCGGAGGGCGAAUUGCGCUGGCCAAAAGAAUGGGUUCAACCCAAAGGCACAUUCGACGCCAACUUGGACAUGCUCAAAAGUUGGGUCCUUGACUGUCACUCAAGGCCGGACGAAAAGGAGGAGGAGGAGACUCCAUGCCUGGUUAAGGGCCAGGGCUGUUUGUUUACGCCACCUCGUCUAACUGAGAGACAAAAACGAGGAAUCUUUAAGCGUCCAUGA